GGCUGACUUGACAACAAAACAUAGUGGUUAGUUUUUCAUUCGUAAUUAUAUAAACUAUAUUCAUACUGUCCUCCGAAAGCUAUUUUCACAUACCCGUAACGUUAACAGUUUGCACUCGUUGCUGUAAAUGCAUUGGAGCUGCUGCGGCUAACUAACACUAAGUUAGCCUGCGCGGGGUCAUUUUUUUUUACCCCACUGGUAGUGUGAAGUAGCUUGUUUACGUCUCGUCCAGUUGUCAGCUCUCUAGUAAAUGGCCUGCACUUUAGAAAAAGUGUUGGGCGAUGCUCGGACUCUUCUCGAAAGGUUGAAAGAGCACGACACGGCCGCCGAGGGACUGAUAGAGCAGUCCGGGGCCCUCAGCCAGAGGGUUCAGGGCAUGAAAGAGGUUGGAAAUGCCCUUCCAGACAAGCACAUAGAAGAUGCUUCAGAGCUUCAGGAGCUGACCAAGUACAAGCCUCAUGUCCUUCUGACUCAGGAAAACACUCAAAUCAAGGAACUGCAGCGGGAAAAUAAAGAACUAUGGUUGUCUCUUGAAGAACACCAGUACGCUCUAGAGUUGAUUAUGGGUCGGUACCGUAAGCAGAUGCUCCAGCUGAUGAUGGCGAAAAAAGAGCUGGACACCAAACCUGUGCUCAGCCUCCACGAGGACCACGCCAAAGAAGUGCAGAGCCAGGUGGAGCGGAUAUGUGAGAUGGGCCAGGUGAUGAGAAGAGCCGUGCAGGUGGAUGAUCAGCACUACUGCUCUGUUAGAGAGAGGCUCGCUCAACUGGAGAUUGAGAACAAGGAGCUGCGAGACCUCCUGACCAUCAGCAAAAGCUCUGUGAAGACAGCAAGAGAGGAAACCAACCAGCUAACAGUAGCAGCAGCAGCAGCAGCAGCAGCACAAGAACAAGAACAGACCCCUCAGCCAGAGUCGGAAUGAUCAGCAGCCUCAGUGUGAACUGUGGUUCGGGGCAACAAAAAGUCUUUCAAGACCAGCAGACAGGGUUGAUGGUGUCUUUACAUGGGUUCACCAUGUACACUUUUUUUUUUUAAACAUAAGCUGGAAUUCAGUCAAACCACAGCAUAUUUUUUGGUAGUGAAGGUCAAUUAAUAACACAAUAUACUGACUGACUGAAAGAAGCGUUAACCAGCAGGUAUAUUUGGAUGGUAGCUGUUGUAUAUUUUCAUAUGUAAAGUAUGUGUAUUGUCACUGCAGUCGUGUUUGCGUGAAUUUCAAAUAAACGUAAUCUCGGACAAGAUAUUUCAUUGGGAGCCAAGACAUACUGCGGUAAAGGCAGUAAAAGCAAAGGGGCUUUUAUUUGUUUUUGGCCAAAGAUACAUUAACUCUUCACGGACACAGUUUCUACCUCUUUGGUGCCCCUUUGCUGUUCACACACACACUCACAGUAUGUUAUAACUGCUCAUAACCACCCCUGCUAUGAGUUCACUUGAAGUCUAUUAAGCAGCUAGCUCGUAGGUUGCAUCAUUUUAAGUGUUUGUGCUUGAUAAUCACUCUGCCAACAAGACGACUCUUGGCUGUUUCACACAGUUUGCCUGCUGAGGAGUGGUGAUGGAUCAUUUGUUUGUGAUUAUCAUUAUAUCAAUUUGAUACGUUUGUCUGUUCGUAGAAUUCAUAUAUGACACGAUUUCCAUGUUUAGUACUUUGUGUGUAAUGGACACCAGUUUUAUAGUUUCAGAUUUAUGUGCAGAGUAAUCGAGUGUCCCAGUUGAUGGCACAUGUUUAUUUUAUGGUAACAAUUUCAGAAUUUGCCAAGUUUUUGUGUGAUGGAUAUCAAAAUGUUUGGGCACUGUAUGUUGUCAGAAAUUGUACAUUGUCAUCUCAGGAAAUCAGUGUUAUUAAGGUGAACAUGCUGUAAUGACUUCAUGGCAGUGUAAUGAAUCGUGUCAAACGAAAAUUUCAUUCAGAAACUUUAAAAUAAAUUUGCAAUAAACAGUUGUG